UUUACACGCACUCACUUGCAGUGUCGAAGGUCAGAGGUCGGGUAAAGGUCGUGUUUUGAGUUUCUUUCCCCAUUAUAAGCAAUGGCUUCCAUAAGUUGGUUAACAUGCAGGCGGUUUUCUCGACUCGUGUGUCCGUUGGCUCAGGUCUUGCGGCGGCCGGUGCUGCAGUAUGUGUGGGCUCCAGCGCGCGCCCUUCACCGGGGGAGCGCGCGACGAGUGGCGGAGAAAAACCCGCUGAACAGAGCACGAGCACUGGAGCAGCACUACAUCACUGAACUAGAUAAAGCUGAUGCGCUGAUGCUGAGGAAGUCUCAUGAAACAGGAUUUUUGUCCUGGUUCCGAAAUGGUCUCCUGGCAACAGGAAUCGGCGUUAUUGCGUUUGCGCAGAGUGAUGUUGGCCGAGAGGCCGGAUAUGUAUUCUUCAUCUUGGGUGGAGUGUGUGUCUCAUUUGGUGGAGCGUCGUACGUGACCAGUCUUUUGACUCUGAGGAGGAUCAUGCUCCUCUCUCGCCUGACUGUGCUUGUCCACACGAGCUUGGUAUCCAUUGCUGCCCUCUUCUGGCUGUGCGCGGUAUCGCUCUACAUCGGCCGCCUGGAGCUGGAGAUCAUUCACGACGAGGAUGAGGAAGAGCAUGCGGGAGAUGAAAGCGGGGAGUGUGCAGAAUGCAGGGCCAGACGCGAGAGACGCGGCGCUGAAGAAAAAGGCCAAGACAAGUGAGACGAGAGAAGACUCUACUGGCCUUUUACACUGACCCAGAAACAUGUUAUAUAUUCAC